AUGUCACUAGGAGGCGUCCAAGCGUGCGAUCUAGCGCAACGGCUAGAGCAGCAAUGGGACGCGGCUCGGCAGCUCGCGUCGGACAUCCAAACCGCGGUUGCCGGUUUUCUCGCCGCGUCGGUCCAACCACCCUCCCUGAUCGAUCUCGGUUGCCAGUCAUUCACAGCCGUCGAUCCCGACUGCGACGCGACCUGUGACCGCGAUGACGAAAGCGAUAGGAUGGGCCGUCGAAGGCACGAUGAUGGAGCGAGUUCACGCGAGGCGUUCAUGGCUCGACUACGUGGCUUUCGAUGGCACGCGCAGGUUAUCCGGCAGCAAAGCAUUGUGCUGGCUGACGUCACCUUUCAUCUCUGCGACGUCCUCGAAGCUUCGUGCUCCUUAACCCCCCAGGAGCUUUCUCGGCUGACAGGCGCGGUGCCGUCAUUGCAUCCCGACGAGGCUUCCUCGAACCUUCUAUCUAAGCUCGACUCCCCUCCGCCGCUGCUCAGCAGCCCAGCCACAGAAGCAGCAGCGGGACAGGAGGCGCAUGGGGAUAAUGCGGGUGCGCGCGAGACGGUAUCAGGGUCGGAAGAAGGCAGCUGGUCGGGGGAUACACGAGAAGGGGAGUGGGACGAGCGGGAGGCAGGCGUGGUGGAGCAGAUCAGAGCGGAGCCGCAGGAAACAGCGGAAGGCGAGGAUGUGGGGGACGGGGGGGCUGCGCUGGCGGCGUGGGGAGCGAAAGGGCAACAGGUUGUAGCUGACGUGGCACUGAUGGUGGAGCAGGAGUUGGAGCGAGAGAGGAGGCGGGAGCAGGAGGCAGUGCUGUUGGGUGGGGUGACAAGCCCUCCUGGAGCGCGCCCAGCAGUGCCCGCCUCAUGGCAGCAGCCGUGGUGGCUGUCGCCUGCUUCUUCACCUGCCCCUGCUGCUGUUUGUGUCUCGGCUGCUGGAUGGCAUGCAUCAACUGGCAUGAACGGUGUCAUGGGCGGUGGAAUGCCAGUCAAGGGAACAGCAGGGGCAGGGGGGAGUAUGGAGAGACGAACAGGGGGCUUUGCUGAGUUCAGUGGGCGAAGUGGGGUGGGCUUUGCUGCCUUUGCUGCAAGCAGGGCGGUUGGUGCAAAGCAGGGUGAUGGCAAGGCAGCUGGCACGCAGCAGACAGGUGCAGGUGAAGAGAUCGUUAUGGACACCAAGGGGGUCGCAGGCAAUGCAGGCCAGUUCGCAGGGCCAGGUUUCAAGAUUGACAAUCCUAUGAGUGCUGGAAAGCCAUUAUCGCCACUUUUCACACUGAUGCGAAGGUAG